GUUAACCAGGGCACGCACCCGGCUCACGUUAGCAAAGAGCACCUUCUAUCUCUGUGGAACUUGUGAUGGUGCUUUGUCAAUUGACAGUUUCUUUUCUUUCAGUCUGUUUGCAAUUUCACACUUUUCAUUUCCCUGAAAUUUCGUUCUCUCAGGGUCAUGCAAUUCAUUUUAAUUGGAAUAGGAUAUUACACUGUACUCAAAGAGGGGUUGUUGAAUGGUUGGUUGAGGGAGAUAGAGAGAGAGAUAGUUGUAGUUUUGUAGCUUUAGUUUCCUACCAAAAUUCUGUUUCUGAAUGGAUGGCAUUGAGGAUGAUGCGAGCUAUCACCCUAACCCAUAUCGCAUCAUCAGUCAACAACGAGGUUAUGGUUAUCAGAAUUCUCCAUAUUCCCUCCCUGUUAAUACUGAAUAUGCCCAUCAUCAUGAUGAAGAUGAAGAACAAGAACAGUUAGAAGGAGAUGAUGAGGUUGAUCAAAGUAACAGCCUUCAGCUUCCCCAAAAGGAUGGGGAUGAAGAAAAUGGCAUAGAUGGGGUUGGUGAUGAAAACGAGGAUGAGGAAGAGGAGGUAGAGGAUGAUAAGCAGAUUGGUUAUUAUGCCAUUAAGAGUGAAGAUGAUUUGGAGUGGCCUCCAAAGAAGCAAAAGCUGAAGAGUUUGAUUUCAACCUAUGAACUUGCUUCUCGUGUGACAGCGCCAUCAGCUGCAACUCCAGUUCCUUCUGCUCCCAAACCAUCUUCUGGGGGUAGGAAUUCACUUACUGACUGGACUGAGCAUGAGACGUUUGUUCUGCUCGAUGCAUGGGGUGAUACGUUUCUUCAACUUGGAAGGAAGAGUCUUCGAUGUGAGGAAUGGCAGCAAGUAUCGAAAAUGGUAGCACAAGUUUCAAAAAUUGAAAGGACGGAUACUCAGUGUAGAAACCGCCUUGACACACUGAAGAAAAAAUACAAGAAGGAGAAGGCUAAAUUUCAAGAGAGUGAUGGUGGAGAUUGCAAAUGGGUUUAUUUUAAAAGAAUGGAUGAGCUAAUGAGUUCACCCCCUCAACAAGUUGGUAUCUCUUGUGGUUUGGACUCGGGAGAUUAUGUUUUUAUGAACCGUGGAGUUUAUUUGAAUCAAGCUAAUGGGUUGGAUGAAUUGAGGGAUAGUCCUGAGAAUGUGGAAUCUACCGGUGAAGAAGGUUCAGAUGGACUUCAACUUCAAGCAAAGAAAAGGAAAGGAAGGAGCAGUGGCGAAGCUUCUUCCUUCAGGUUGCUUGCUGAUUCCAUACAAAAAUUCAGUAGGAUAUAUGAAAAGAUAGAAAAUAAUAAAAGGCAGCAGAUGAUGGAACUGGAAAAAAUGAGAAUGGAUUUCCAUAAGGAAUUGGAAACACAGAAGAGGCAGAUAUUAGGGAAUUUGCAGAGUGAGAUAUCAAAACUAGAGCAGAGAAAUGAUGAGAACGAAGAUUCUGCUGAGAAUGGUAUGUGAAAUAUUAUGCAUUAUAGUUGUCAUUGCUGUGUAAGAUAUCAUAUUUGAAGCAUUUUGACCCUUCUUUCCAGCAAUACUGCAUUGUACUACAAUUAGAACCGGAUGGCCCAACCAUGACAUUGUAUCCAUAUUCAAAACUGUACUCAAUGCCUGUCUGGUCUAUUUCUUAACUUUUACAUUUUUCAAA